AUGCAGAGGCCAUUGCUUUGUGCUGGUCUGGUAUCAAACAGGAUGCCCAGAAACAGAAAGUAUCAUCAUCAUCAUCAUCAUCCUCUUCCAUACAGCAUUAAUGCAGCAGAUGAUGAGUACAUAGACAUAGAACUGGGCAACUCUUUUUCCCCAGAAAGCAGAAGCUUUGAGUUCCAAAUGUGUCCUGUUUUUGGUGAUGAAGAACACCACACUGCAAUAUUCCCAGCAGCAGAUGAUCUCUUCUACAAGGGGAAACUCCUCCCUCUUCUCCUCCCCCCAACCCUGCAAACACUCCACCCCUCUGUUGAGGAAGAUGACUUCAUCAUCAUGGACUUCGCAUCUUCCACCAAUACUCCAUUAAAGCCCUGCAGGCUGAGCUUUGAGCUCAGCAACAAUGGCGCCUUCUUCGAAAGCUCCACUCUCAUCACCAACAAGCAUCCCCCAGGGAAAUUCUGGUCCAAUAAGCUCAGAUUGAUCAAGAAAUGUUUGAUCAGUAAAAAGCUAAAGGCUCCCAGGGCUUACCUGAGAUCAUUGUUCAGAAGAGAGGCUUCUUCUUCUUCUGAAAAGGCUGCAGGCUAUAAUAACCCACCUGGGACUGAUCAUAAACAGUCCCCAAAUGGCAAGAAAACUCCAUUUCCAAGCAUGGGAAGGUGGAGGCACCCAAUCAAGAAAAUGAACAAAGCGGGGAUUAUUGAGGAUAAUAAAGUGAUGGGUAAUCACAGAAGGUCAUUCUCAUUCUCAUUCUCAACAGCAGCAGAAUUGAAACGGCGUCGUUCCCCGAUAAAAUGCUGGGCUCCUCCAUCUUCAUCUGCUGUUUCCUCUUCCUCUUUCUCCUCCUCCUCCUCCUCCUCCAUUUCUUUCAGCUCAAGUGACUUCUAUGAGCUCAACUUCCACACCAGAAGCUUCAGUUUAACCAGCUCAUCAGACUUUGAAAGCUCCAUUGAGGCAGCCAUUACUCAUUGCAAACAGAACUCAAGAGCUUCCCAAUCCAAGAAAAACAUUGAUUGA